AUGUCUUCCUCCUCGCACCCCCAGUCGCCUUCCGUCGUCCCUCCCCCCGCGCCCUUGCCUAUCCCUGAAAGUCUCCGCUACAGCUCAACCGCGGUCAAUGGACGGGUACCGCCACCCGGCCCCAGUCGCUGGGUGCUAGCAGGCCUCUGCGACAUUUGCGCUGGAAGCUUUGGUUCGUGCACGGAAGGCCCACAACCUGGUCAGUGCACCACUUGCGAUGUCGGGCAGUGCACCGUCUAUGGUAUCCGCGCGGACGGCGCGUUCAUAGUGCCGAGGGUCGGGUUUGUAGGAUGGCUCGAGAAAAACCGUAUCGAGAUCCUCACCGGCCUCCCCGAGCAUGUACAUAUCAUCGCGCAGGGUGUGGCCGACUUCACGCUCACUUGGCUCACCCAAGAAGAGCUCUACCCCGCACCAGGCCACAACCCUGCUGUCGACCGCCCCUUUCCCGACUUGCGGUCGUACACCGCGUCCACCAAGUGGGAUCGACAGGGUGCGCGCGACUACGCCACCCGGGUUCUGUUCCACAAGCUUAACGUCAAGAAACCAACGGUCUUCGGCAGCGUACGUAGCUGGUGGGAUGAGCUGCCCACAUCCGAGUUUGAGCACAGUUGGAGCCGACGACCUUGGAAUCUCACUUACCGAGGUAUGCGCACGUUCCCCGCUCCCGCCGCGCCUCCCGCUCCCGCUGCUCCUGCCCCACCCACUUCGGCUGCCCAGAAGCGCAAGUCACGCGCGACGUCCGACAAGGCUAAGACCGUGUCGCGUACGGUGACUACCCGAUCGCGCACAGCUGCUAUGCACAACGCCUCCGCCGCUGGACCAUCGAAUCCGCGGAAGCGCAAACAGGCGGCCCGCGGCAACGAGGCGGACGAGGAGCAGGAAAUCUCCAACCCCAGGAAGGCCGCGCGGACGUCCGGAUCGGUGACGGACCCGGACCCUGUCCCUCCCACCAUCCCCGUCCUCGACGGGCUUAGGCUUAUGGCGACACUCCAGGACGUCCACGCCAAGGGAGAUGUGGCCACGUGGAUCGAGGCCCACAGGCUCGUCAGCAACCUCGCCACAGAUUUCAGCCGCCUCGCUGAUUUCAUGGCCACCCACUUGCCGAAGAACACCGAGAAGUAG